AUGCCGAAACGACAAAUGAGCAAUCUCUCCACAGUCCCUUGCUGUGUGCUCUUACUGGCUCUAUCCUCAUGGCCCUGCCUGCCAACUUCCAUGGCGUGGGCCCCAUCGCCCACACAUUGCCACUCGACGAGGCGCCAACAGCUUUCCAGCGGUGGCAGUACUACUAGUAUACUCACACUGGCAGUGAACAAGAAUCUGGAAGACGAUUCCGGUGCUCCGGAUCACUCACCGCAGCAGCAGCAACCAGCACAAUCGUCUUCUCAUCAGCAGCAUGAUGACAACAACAACAACAGUAUGGACGAACAAGACCGCGAACGCAACAUGACACGCAACGUGAUGAAAAAGAUCCGCGUUGCCAAAGCACAAGCCGAAAUUGAUCGCAUCUUGCAGGGGCCCGAUGCCCCCGUCGAUACCGAAGCCGAAAUGGAAAAGGUAAUCAGCAUGAACCACAUUGCCAGCGAGCAACCUCUCGUCGAGGAUCAAAUGGCACAACUCGAGUCGGAACUCUACGAUGCCGUCAAACAACAAGAUUUCACCAUGGCUAGUUUCAAACAAGCGCAGCUGUCGCAGCUGCAACAACAAGAUGCCUUUGAUGACGGUGGCGCCAUUCUCCAAGUCAAUGCCGCCUUUUACAAGGCGUUUUCCAAGAAAUCCUGGAAGGACAUGGAACGCGUCUGGUUGGAUGGCGACACGAGCAUUUGCAUUCAUCCGUCCCAUCGUCCCCUCGUGGGAGCAAGACGCAUCCAAAAGUCGUGGAAACAAAUGUUUGCAUCCACGGAUGGAUCCUUUCAACGCAAUUGGAUGGAACCGCAUCAGAUUCGUGUGCUCCAAAAGGGAUCCCACAUGGCCAUUGUCACGUGCGAAGAACACGUCUUUUGUCGACGAUUUGUACGAGGCAAGAAACGACAAACCGAACUCAUCAACAAGUUGCUCGCCACAAACAUUUUUCGAAAGGUACAGGACAAGUGGUACAUGUGUUAUCAUCACGCCAGUUGGCAUCCCGACAGUGAUGCCGCCAAGCGCGCAUUGACGGGGAACACUGGCGAUGCUACGACAUCGAAAAUUGUAGGAGAUCGAUGGAAUGAUGACUACGAUCCCUCGAGUCGGCAGAGACGCCGACGACGUCAAUUAGAAGAUGAUCAAGACGAAAAUGAGGACAUUGGAAUGGAAGGGAUUCUGGGAAAUGAGUUUGGCCCCGUUUUGGGAGAUGAUGGCGAGGAAGAAAAACCCACCAAGCGAAUCAUCAUGGGUGCUUCCUUAUCCGAUAUUCUCAAUGGGGGAUUGGGAGAUUUGCUGGGAAACGACAGCAAAGGAGGUAGGAACAACGCUGCUGGAAACGACAGCAUGGUGGAAGUGGCAUACGAAUUGCUUUGCGGCGACAGCAAGGACGAUGAUGCCGAGGCCAGUGAUGACACGGCAGAAGAAGAAUUCGCAGAUCAAUGUCGCGUCUUUGCCCAAGAUCAUCUGCAAAGAGAAGAGAGCGAACUUCUAGAUCGGGGGUCAGCAAUAUGA